UUUCUCGAUACCGGAAGUACACAAACACAGGGCUCUCACGUUGCUCUUUUGCAAUGGACACCGUACAUGCUCGUUUCAAAGAGAAAAUUGGUGAAGUACUUUUACCCGGAGAUGUGUUCUCAUUCAGAAUACCUGAAUCUGGAGGAGAUUGUAUUAUCAAAACCGAAAAGAUAAUAUGCGGUCCAGGGCUCCGGAGAAAUGGAGAGGAAGUUCAAGUGUGUAAAAGUGGAAUUUUGCGCCAUAAACAGCCAAAUCUGUACUGGAUAGACUCUCAGCAGAGACGGUAUGUACCAGCCAAGGGUGAAAGUGUGAUCGGCAUUGUGACUACCAAGUCUGGAGAUAUCUUUAAAGUGGACGUUGGAGGAAGUGAGCAAGCAUCUCUUUCGUACCUUGCAUUUGAGGGAGCUACCAAGAGGAACAGGCCUAAUGUGCAGGUUGGAGAUCUGGUAUACAGCCAGUUCACAAUUGCAAACAAGGAUAUGGAGCCCGAGCUGGUGUGUAUAGACAGCUGUGGCAGGGCCAACGGGAUGGGGGUGUUUGGAGCUGAUGGGCUGCUCUUUAAAGUAUCUCUGGGACUAGUGCGAAGACUUCUGGCUCCUCAGAGUGAAAUAGUGAAGGACCUGGAGAAGAUUUUCCCCUUUGAGAUGGUUGUUGGAAUGAAUGGAAGAGUGUGGGUGAAAGCAAAGACUGUUCAGCAGACGCUGAUAGUGGCCAAUCUUCUGGAGACAUGUGAGAACAUGACCUCUCAACAGAGACAGACACUUUUCAGGAGAGUGGCAGAAGGCUCCCUCUAGAGGACAUCUGAAAUAUCACUUUUCCCAGAAUACAUAUGGUGAUGACAUGCAGUACAUGAAGUACUGUUUUUCAGUGUGUAAAGCCUGAAAAUGUUAAAAAAGAAUAGAGCCCACAAUGAAAAUGACUCCGUUUGUAUUUCUAGUUUUGGAGACCUAACAAGUGACUUUGGAUAUUGGUGUGUUCAGCCUGUCUGUACACAAUAAAAGAGAAGUCAUCAUUUCGCUUAAAUAUAUUUUUGCCUUUGUUUCUGAAAAUACAUUUUUGUAUAGGUAAAAAUUAAUAAAAUCUUGGUGACGCAA